GUGACCUGUGAUUGGUCACAGCUUGUCACAUGGUACAAGGCUGUUGUGAAUAGCCUUGUACCAUGUGACCUCUGUGAUCAUUCACAUAUUUCACACGUAGUAAGCAAUGAUGUCAGAAGUGACAUCUUGCUUACUACUCUUCACGUGAUCAGUGAUUGACCAAUCAGUGAUCACAUGAUCAGGACCUCACACAGAGGUCCCGUACAUCACGGUGUAAGUGUCAUGGGGUCCGGUCUGACGAUUGGUGUUCCACUGGAUAGCGGUGCUGCAUGCUCCCAGGGAGUGCGCACA